AUGCGCUUCUCUAGUAGCCUCAGGGCCCUUGGCGGUACAGUUGUCCUGGUUGCAGGAAUAGCCCGGGCACACUAUCAACUCGAGACAACAUAUGACACUACCAAUUUCUUCGACUCCUUCGACUUCUUCACCGGGCCAGACCCUACCAAGGGUUUUGUCGAGUACGUCGACAGCAACACUGCCAACAAGGAGGGCUUGGCUGGCUACGCCAAGGGCGGCAUCUUCAUGGGCGUCGAUUACAAGACCAAGAACCCUGCCAUGGGCCGCAAGUCUGUCCGCGUAACCUCUCAUAAAGCCUUUACGCGAGGCUUGUUCAUUGCGGACAUUGCUCACAUGCCGGGGAGCAUUUGCGGCACAUGGCCGGCGUUCUGGAUGUUCGGCCCCAACUGGCCCGUAUCCGGGGAGAUUGACAUUAUCGAAGGCGUCAAUGCCCAGGCCAAGAACGCCAUCACUCUUCACACCAAGCCAGGCUGCACCGUCUCCAACCAUGGAUCCCUGGCUUCGACCAAGUUUGUCUCCGCAGACUGCGGUGCCCAUGGCACAUCGGCCGGUUGCGGCCAACGCACCGACGACAAUCAAAACUACGGUGACGGUUUCAACGCCAUCGGCGGCGGUGUCUAUGCCACCGAGUGGACGUCGGACCACAUUGCCAUCUGGUUCUUCCCUCGGUCCCAAAUCCCCCGAGACAUACAGGCCGAAGAUCCCAAUCCCAAAGACUGGGGGACUCCUCUGGCCAGAUUUGCCGGCGGACCGUCUUGCAAGCUCGACGACCACUUUGCCAACAACCAGCUCGUGUUUGACACGACGUUUUGCGGCGACUGGGCGGGUUCUCCCAGCGUUUGGGGGUCAGACCCCGAAUGCUCUGCCUUGGCCCCGACUUGCCAGGACUACGUGUCCAACAACCCGGCCGACUUUGCCGACGCUUUUUGGGUGGUCAACUCCGUCAAGGUGUAUCAGAAAGGUGCCGGUGACCAAGGCCAGUCGACGCGGAUUCAGCCAACCAACAAGACUCGCGCCAGGCCGACGUUGCGGCCCACAUCCACAAACACUCCUCAGCCAGGAUAUCAGCCCCAGCCUACUACUACAUCAACGCAGGGCGAUUUUCAGUCUCAGCCAGGAUAUCAACCCCAGCCUACUACUACUUCAACGCAGGGCGAUUUUCAGUCUCAGCCAGGAUAUCAACCCCAGCCUACUACUACUUCAACGCAGGGCGAUUUUCAGUCUCAGCCUUCUGGACAGGCUUUCCCAAGUGGUCAACCUCAGCCUACUAUUCCAGCUCCAGGGGCUCCCCAGUCUCAGCCUUCCACGCAGGCCGUCCCAAGUGGGCAACCGCAGGUGCAGAAUGACGGGUCCUGGAAUGGAAAAGUCUGGAACGGGGAGCCCUGGGGCUCCAGAAGGCGGGACGGGAGUAGUGCCAAGCUUUUCAGUCUCUAG